AUGGAGCAAUCAGUUCCUCCGAAACCUCCCCCGAUGCAGUUACCUUCUCUUCCGAGCUCCGUCGAAAGUUCAAGAGACCUUCAAUGUGUCGGUAAGAUGGAGAUCGUCCGUCAGAAACCUCUCGGGUUUCUCUGCGGUUCAAUUCCUGUUUUAGCCGAUGGAUCUUUUCCUUCUCUCACUUCUGCUCUCCUCCCGUCUCAGGAAACAGUGAGUGCUCCGAGAUAUCGUAUGCUUCCGAUGAAGACGGAUCUUAAUCGGCCUCCUCUGCUAACGGAUUUUCCCGAGAAGGUUUUACCUCUCGCCGCCGUCAAGUCUAGGAUCACCGGAGGAAUAUCUAAGGAGGCUAAUGUCGUUCCUUCGAACCUUAGCAAGAAAUGUGAAGCCCUUGCUGUGUCUGGUUUAGUUGAAUAUGGGGAUGAGAUAGACGUAAUCGCCCCAGUUGACAUUCUUAAGCAGAUUUUUAAGAUACCUUAUUCGAAAGCUCGGGUUUCCAUAGCAGUUCAGCGGGUUGGACAGACUCUCGUCUUGAACCCUGGACCUGAUGUUGAAGAGGGAGAAAAACUGAUUAGGAAACACAAUAAUCAACCAAAAUGUACAAAAAAGGAGGAUGAAUCUUUGUUUCUGAAUUUUGCUAUGCAUUCAGUGAGGAUGGAGGCGUGUGAUUGCCCCCCGACCCAUCGCCCACAUACAGAGGGACAGUCGAGUUCUUCUGCCCUUCCCGCUGGUGAGAACUCCCGUGGGAUUCAACAAAAUGGCGAUAGUGCUCCAGACGAUAUACUUGACAAACCUGCAGGGAGUAGUAAACAAUUUAAACAGGAUGGUUUUAUUUGUGAGAAGAAGAAGAACAAAAUGAAAAACAGGGCACGUGAGCCUGUAAAAAAAAAUUCACAAAUCGGUGAAAAGAUCAAGCCUUCAGGAGAAUCUGAGAAACACAGAAGAGGUGGGAGCAAUGAGUUUUUAAGAGUUCUAUUUUGGCAAUUCCACAACUUCCGUAUGCUUUUAGGAAGUGAUCUACUUCUUUUCAGCAAUGAAAAAUAUCUGGCUGUGAGUUUGCACUUAUGGGAUGUUAGCCAACAGGUUACACCUUUAACCUGGCUUGAAGCUUGGCUUGAUAAUGUAAUGGCUAGUGUGCCCGAGCUAGCAAUUUGCUAUCAUCAGAAUGGUGUUGUCCAAGGGUAUGAACUUCUGAAAACAGAUGAUAUAUUUCUACUGAAAGGCAUCUCUGAAGAUGGAACACCAGCCUUUCAUCCUCAUGUUGUUCAGCAAAACGGCCUUUCUGUUUUAAGGUUUCUUCAAUCAAAUUGCAAAGAAGAUCCUGGAGCUUACUGGCUCUACAAAAGCGCUGGUGAAGAUGUGAUUCAGCUCUUUGAUCUUUCCAUUAUUUCGAAGAACCACUCUUCUAGCGAUCACAAUGACAGUGCAAGCGAAUUGCCGUCUUUAAUUGACAGUGGGAGAAGUGACUCAAUGUUUUCUUUAGGAAAUCUUCUUUAUCGUGUCGGUCAUAGGCUUUCUUUAUCAGAGGUGCCAAAUGAUAGGACCAAGUGUGCUAGGUUCCUCAGAAAGUGUUUGAAUUUCUUGGAUGAGCCUGAUCAUCUGGUUGUUCGAGCAUAUGCACACGAACAGUUUGCAAGGCUCAUUCUGAAUAACGACGAGGAAUUUGAUUUGACUUCUGAAUCUAAUAAUGUGCAACGUGAAGUUGAAAUAACAGACCUAGAGGAGGAGUCACUUGAUCCUGUUACCACUGUUGGCCAUGAGAGUGAGGCAGUGGUUAUUUCAGAGGACAAGUUCACUGAAAAUGACUCGAUCUCUUAUUUAUCUCCUAUAAUAUCUGUUAGACCGAAGUUGCAAGCAAAUGUAUCAGCUUGCAAGGAACUCUUACAUUCAGAUCGUCCAGAAUCUCAUGAUGUUGAAAGCUCUGUUGUGGACUCCAGUACGGAUACUAGUUUCGAUGUUGGUCAGGUAUGCCAAGCUUCUCCUCUAUUUCACACUAAAACUAGUUUGAUUUCAUCAAAACUAACAGCAGCUCAUCAUGUUUCUCAGGCUAUAAAGUCUCUUAAGUUGGAAGCAAAUGUAUUACCUUGCAAGGAACUUGUACGUUCAGAUAGUCCAGAUUCCCAUGUUGCUGAAAGUUCUAUUGUGAAAUCCAGUUCGGAUACUAGUGUUGAUGUUGGUCCGGUAUGUCAAGCUCCUCCUCUGUUUCAGACAACAAGUAGUUUGAUUUCAUCAAAACUAGCAGCAGUUCACCAUGUUUCUCAAGCUAUAAAGUCUCUUAGAUGGACACGGCAACUACAAACUUCAGAACAGGAGGAUGCAUUUCAUGGUGUCUCGCCUUCUGUCAAUUUUUCCAAAUGUGCAUGUGGUGAUCCUGAUUGUAUUGAGGUCUGUGAUAUCCGUAAAUGGCUUCCAACAUCUAAACUAGAUAGGAAAUUGUGGAACCUUGUUCUGCUUCUCGGUGAAUCAUAUCUGUCUCUGGGGGAAGCUUACAAAGAGGAUGGACAGUUGCACCAGGCUUUGCGUACUGUGGAAUUAGCAUGCUCCAUGUACGGAUCAAUGCCACAGAAGUUUGAGGAGACUGUGUUUGUUUCCUCGAUGAACAAGGGUCUUUCACUUCGGUCAAAAUCCCAGGCAUCAACGCAAGUGGAAAAUUUAGAUGCAAAAUCAGGGACAUGCGACAUCAGCAUUGGGGAACUUUCAUCAACACGCUUCUUCUGGGCCAAAGUAUGGAUGUUAGUUGGGGACAUAUAUGUUGAGUUCCACAUUCUUAAAGGUCAGGUGCUCUCCAGAAGAGAAGAGGGGACAUCUACCAAUAAGUUAAGAAUGCCGUCUGAAGUAGUAAAAGAAGUACAUAGGCUCAAGAAGAAGUUAUCUGAGUACAGUAAAAAUUGUGUCUCAUGUUCGUUAGCAAAUUGCAGCUGUAAGAGUGACAGAGCAAGCAGUGGAAGCAGUGCAAGUAGCAGCAAUGGAAGAAGUGCCCGUACGGGGCUGCCUAGCAGGAAGCACAAAAGAAAAUCACAGUCCAAGAAUGUUGCCAGCAGGCUCCCACAAACGGUUGAAAAUGAACGUGUUAAUUUCACAGUUGAGAACAUGAGUCAUAAUGAAGAAGAUACAUCAGUGGGAACAAAGGAAGCUGUGCCUCUUGAGCAGAAUGAAUUCAACUCUAAGGAAACCACAGGAGUAAAAAAGGGUGGAAUAUUCAAAUAUCUCGAGGGAUCUAAGACUGAUGAUGCAGAAAGUAAUCUUUUGGCUGCCUUAAACUGUUAUGAGGAAACUCGAAGAGCACUGCAGGAACUUCCAAGCAGCUGUAAUGAGUUCCAGUCUGUUAUUCGAAAGAAAGGGUGGGUGUGUAAUGAACUUGGUCGGAACCGACUUGGAAGCAAAGAGCUAAAAAAAGCUGAAGAUGCUUUUGCUGAUGCCAUAGUGGCAUUCAAGGAAGUUUGCGAUCAUACCAAUGUUAUACUAAUCAACUGCAACUUGGGUCACGGACGACGAGCUCUAGCUGAAGAAAUGGUUUCAAAGAUGGAAGCACUCAAACUCUAUCCUGCAUUUAAAACUGCUUACCAACAAGCUUUUGAGACUGCAAAAUCAGAAUACAACAAGUCGCUUAGGUAUUACAUGGCAGCAAAGACAGAACUCGGUGUUGCCAAUGAAGAUGUCAGUUCUGUUCCUGACAAUCUCAAAGAUGAAGUCUACACGCAGCUUGCUAAUACCUAUCUCAGAUUUGGAAUGCUUUUAGCAAAAGAGGACACAUCUGCUGCAGCUCGUGGUGGACAAAAGAGAAUCUUGGAAAACACUCAUGAUUCUUUUUCUGAUGUAAGAUCAAGGGAUUUGAGAAAACAUGAACUAUCCGCCAGUGAUGCUAUGGGAGAGGCACUGGCUCUAUACGAAUCUCUUGGGGAAAUACGCAAACAGGAAGUUGCAUUCGCUUACCUUCAAUUAGCAAGGUAUCACAAUGAUUGUUGCUUGAGGUUUCUGGAGAUAGAGCGUCAAGGAAGCCCUCCUAAAGCCGAGACUAAUGUUUUCCAGAGAGCCAAACAAUAUGCUUUGUUGGCAGAUAAGAAUUGGCAGAAUUCUGUGGACUUCUAUGGCCCCGAGAAUCAUCCCUCCAUGUUCCUGACAAUUCUUAUAGAGAGAUCGGCUCUUUCCAUCAGCCUUUCAAACUUUUGGCAAUCAAACACUAUGCUUGAUUCAGCUUUGUCUCGCCUGCUCGAAGGCCGUCUCAUUUCCAAAACAUUUGCGGAAUCACUGAAAAACGAUGACCCCGAGCUUUACCUCAAAUUUUGGGUGCAAUUGCAGAUGGUUCUAAAACGAAUGCUGGCCUUGUCCUUACCAACGGGAGGAGCAAACAAGUCUCAAAGCUCUGGUAGAUCAGGGGACUCUGGGAAACUAAGAGAACUAUAUAAAACAUCACUGAAGUCAACAAGCCUGGACGACUUGAAUGCAAUGCAUGUCUUGUGGGCAUCAUCAUCUUAA